AUGGCGUCUGCGACAGAUGUCAUCACCUUGGAAAACUUCCAGACCAAAAUGCCACGAUGGGAGCCCAACCUCUCCAACCAUCUAUACGCAUUGGUUGAUAUGGGAAGCAACGGUAUUCGUUUCUCCAUCUCAGAUCUGUCACCACCGAGAGCACGUCUUCUGAACUGCUUGUACCGUGAGCGCGCAGCUAUCUCGCUGUUCGAUGCACUCAGCUCGUCGUCUGCAGGUGGGCCUAUGUUGUUUCCCACGGAGACAAUCACUCAGGUUUCUCACACCCUGGCUCGAUUCAAAUCCAUUGCAGACGCCUAUGGAGUACCGCAAGAGCAUAUAUCCGUCCUUGCAACAGAGGCUAUGCGAAGAGCGGAGAAUGCCGAUGCCAUGCUAGAUGCCAUUCUGGAGGCCUCUUACCUUAGGGUACAGGUGCUUGCUCCAGAAGUCGAGACUUUGUUCGGCGCUAUGGGUGCACGAAGUAGUUUCGCGGAAGUCAACGGGCUAUUUCUUGACCUCGGCGGCGGUUCGGUACAGAUGUCUUACAUGAACUCGGCCACGGAAGGCUACGAGUUCGCAGCAUCACAGACUGGAAAGAGUCUACCUUUCGGCGCCGCCAGGCUGAUCAAUAUCUUAGACAAUGAUGAUUCAGGCAUGCGAAAAACUGCGAAACACGACCUCGAGUCUGGCCUACGAGGGGCUUUCGUUAAGCUGCAACAGGAGUUUCCCAGUUUGAAAGCUCUUAGUGAUGGUGCCAACCACGAAGGAAUUGAUGUCUACCUUUGCGGAGGCGGCUUCCGAGGUUAUGGCAGCAUGCUGAUGCACAACGAUCCAAUCCAACCUUACCCUAUUCCAGCUAUUGGAUCAUAUACUGUAAGCGGCAAAUCUUUCAAGCAAACAGACGUCAUGCGCAAGGUCAACGAGAAUUAUGAUGCCAAGAUUCAUGGCAUGUCCAAAAGACGACGAAAGCAAUUCCCUGCCAUUGCCACUGUGGUCGAGGCACUGAUUGAGGUAGUACCUCGUAUUCGAACGGUAACCUUCUGUAGUGGGGGCAACAGAGAGGGUGCUUUGCUCAUGAGACUUCCCAGUGUCAUUCGAGAAGCAAGACCGCUCGAACUUCUCCACCAGCCAGGUGAUUCCAUGAACGAUGAAGUGAUUCAAUCUGUCAUAAACACCAUGGUAUCAGCUGUUCCCAAUGGCCUAGACCUAUCCAACAUCCCCACAGUCUUCAACUUAGGCCUCGGGCCGCUGUUUGUAGGCAAGAUUUGGUCGCAUCUGGGUGAGCCGAGCGAGGCUAACGCCGCCUAUGAACUGCAUCGGACCGUGACGCGCGAUCCAAGUACACCAGGGUUGACUCAUCUGGCACGCGCUGUUCUCGGUCUCACUGCCUGUGCUCGAUGGGGCUCAACUUUAGGCCCAGUCGAUCGGCAGUUAUACUCUAAUCUUCGAGCGCUCACAUUUAUUGAUUCGACGGAGGCAAACUAUUGGACGGACUACUUCGGUGCUGUUGCAUCCGUUCUGACUAAAGUUUGUCCUGCAGAGCCCCGAACGGCUACGCAUCUACAAAAAGCUAUAAGGUUUACAGCUGAGAUGGUGGAAGGGAAGAAAAAGUCACAUAUAGAGCUCACCAUAUCAAUCUCUGCUGAUGCAGCCAAAGGCAUUGAUCUGCACGACAUCGGGGCUGUCUUUGAAGGAGUAGGCAAGCACAAGAAAGACCCUUUCACUGUUGCCAGGAGAGUCGAGCCGAUCGUGGUCGAACAUAAAAUCCAUACACACUAA